UGAAAAUACAAGGAGAAAUAAAAUAACAAACUUACGACAGAAGCAAUAUUUUUCUAUAGUUUAGAUUUAAUUAUAUGAGCAAUAGAUUCUUUUCCUCCUGCUCGGACAUUAUGUAUAAAUAGUAACUAAGGAUACUAAUAACUUGUAAUCAAAGCAAGGAGAAAGGAGACGUAUAAUUUGAAGUUUAGAAUAUUUUUUUAUCCUUACAAUUACCCUCAGCUGAUGAAGUCAAAUUCUCAGUCACCGUGUACGAUCAGAUCGUUCAUACUUCAGGUCACUUAAGGUAGUGAACUUACGACUUACCAUUAACCAACCACGGAAAAAAAGCCAGUUUACUCUUUGAAGGAGAACAUAAAGAAGAAAUGGUGCAGUUUGAAGCAACAGAAAAGCAAUUUAAGCUUCGUCGCGAGGAUUGCUGCUUGUUAAUUGACCGUGCUACUGGACAUGUCCAAAUUACGCCAGAAGAACUGGAUUCGGAAGAUCGCAAGAGUGAAAACAGCGUUACGAUUUUUGGAUCCAUAAAAUUAAAGAAGGAUGAAUAUCUAAUUCUUGCUACAGAAAGGUCUAGUGCUGCUCAGAUAUUGGGUCACAAGAUUUAUCGAGUAGAGAAGUUUGAAGUGAUUCCUUACAUGGGACGACUUGCAACUGAUCAAGAUGAAUUGGAUUUAUAUAAUUUACUUCAGAAUCAUUUAAAAACAGGUCCCUUCUACUUUAGUUAUACUUGGGACCUGACGAACUCGUUGCAACGGUCAUGUGCAGAAGAAACCAAAAAUCCAAAUGUUUCCAGGAGUGAUAAUCGGUUUUUUUGGAAUGAAUUUGCCAGUAAAAAUUUCAUCCAAGCCGUUCAAGCACAUCCCGAAGCGGCUUCAUUCGUCACGCCUAUGAUUUACGGCUUCAUCACUUCCUCCAGUACUAUGGUGAAAGGUCGUUCAGUGACUUUGGCGCUUAUUUCUCGUAGAUCCAAAUUUCGUGCAGGAACACGUUAUUUUACUAGAGGUAUUGAUGAAAAUGGUAAUCCCGCCAAUUUCAAUGAAGUUGAACAAAUCACCAUUGUCUCAGAUGAUCGUUCUGAAAUAACAUACUCUCAUGUGCAAACUCGAGGAAGUGUUCCGGCUUAUUGGGCAGAAGUGAACGAUCUUCGUUAUCGUCCGAGAAUGAUCACUAAUUCGGCAUCCCUUGCUACCAGAGCUGCACAGAAGCAUUUUGACGAGCAAAUCGCUAUUUACGGUGAUCAAAUCUUGGUUAAUUUGGUAAAUUGCAAAGGACAUGAGCUUCCCGUCAAACAGGUUUAUGAAAAUGUCGUGCGACGUUUGGACAACCCUCGUAUCCACUAUCAUUACUUUGAUUUUCAUAAGGAAUGCAGCCGCAUGCGCUGGGACCGUGUUUCGUUAUUGAUGGAUGAGAUUCUUCCAGAGUUAGACGAGCAAGGAUAUACUACUCUAGACACACAGAAAUAUCGUGUGCUUUCUAGACAAACUAGUGUUGUCCGUAGCAACUGUAUGGAUUGUCUCGACCGAACUAAUGUUGUUCAAAGCUGUAUUGGUCGACAUGUUUUGACAAAUCAGCUUCGAAAGUGCGGUUUACUGGGUGCGACCCAUCCUCUUCGUUCCAUCCUUCCUUUGGAUAAGAGCUUCUGUCGUAUUUGGGCUGAUAAUGCUGAUCAUAUCAGUACUGCUUACUCAGGAACUGGUGCUUUGAAAACCGACUUUACCCGUACCGGAGUUCGUACUCGCCGUGGUGCAUUUGAUGAUUUUGUCAAUUCAGCUAAGCGAUAUAUUCUUAACAACUUUUACGAUGGUGCCCGCCAGGACGCUUAUGAUUUGGUGUUAGGUCGUUUUAUUCCCUCUUCCAACUUUCAUUACCGCCUUGAUUUACGCCCUCUUACUAUUCGUUGUAUGCCUUACGUGUUAUUAACAUGCGUGUUUCUGUUUUUCUUUUCCUUGUUUUCCCGUUCUUCAACGGCAGUCCUUCCCCCGCACAUUCUUUUGUUGCUUUCGUUCCUUGGUGUUUUGACUUCUGCUUUCUACUGUUUUUCUCAUGGAAUGCAAUACGUGAACUGGCCACGUCUGUUGCUUCCGGCUUUUUUACAUUCAGAGUUUAACUCCGAAGGCCGAGUCUUUUCUCCUAAUAGUCAAUUGGCAACUCAGCACAAAGCCUAAACUAGUUGAGUAGUCUCCUGUAUCAGAAAAUUUCUGCAACAAUCUCGCUGAACAGAAAGGAAAAUGUACUUCUUUUCCCUCACGCUUGACUCUAACCUGAUAUGAUAAAUGAAAAAGAUGUUUUAUGUUUUCACUACUGUGUGACAUGAACCUUUCAAUAGCUUUUGCUUUUCGCGACGACUUUUUUCUUGACAUUCAUUAUGAGACUAUAUUUAAUAACAUAUCUAUCUUUAACAAGAGGAAAAUUUUUAACUCCUAUAGAACAAUAAAAUCUAGAAAAUAUAAUUUAAAUCAUUCAA